UGUUCUCUUACAUCAUCCUACCUGAAGCUGCACAUGUGGAUCACAAUCAUCACAUUGGAGGAUGAUGUUUCAGUUUUCCACAUGCAGAAGCUGGUAUCCAUUAAUUUCAAACAUCCUAACAAGACAGUUUGUCGUUGCCAGAAAUGCAGUUAACAGGCUGAAAGCUUGGCACUCUCAUGCCACAGGAUUUCUGCAAGUGACAGCCCUUGCACAAAUGAGAGGCAUUAACACCUCUCUUGAAGUUUAUCUUUACAAAAGGAUCUCUAAAAUGUAUUCUACCUUUGAAACUGUCUGGUUUACAUAUUACAGAUUACAUAGGAUUCUGAAUGUCACUACUUCUUCAAUUUUGUCAUUGUAAAGUCAGCCUGAAAGAAUUUCCUAGGUGGUGCCUAUGGUCUCACUGUGCCCAACCUACAAAAGUUUCAGUUACAGCAUGAAUAUGAUGGAUCUCAGUAAUAGUUUAUGGACUAUGGAAGAUGAUAUGCAUCAAUUUAAAGGAUCAGUCAUGAAUGGUGUUCUUCUAUACUGGAAACAUAUCUCUGGCCCAUGCUUAAAAAUCCAGUUCCUGGUGUUAAUGUGUAUGUUCCUGGUUGUUAUUAUGAGAUACAUUUUGACAGUAGUAAUUCCCAGAGCAUCUGUGAGACUUUUCAACGCACCUCCCAUUCUCCUUCAUGACACCUUCCUUGAAAAGGGGGAGGGCACGGUGCUGGUGAACAAAGAUGAAGAGGGAGCUGCUCCAGGCGCAGAAUGAAAAUGAGAGCUGUCGAGCUGGUGUGAAGGGAAUAAAAGAUCCCAGAGACUGUCCAUCAACCAGACUAUUGGGAUAUGUACCCCGGACAUGAAAACACUAGGCCUCAGUCUAUGUUUCUUCGGAGUCUGCAAAGCAUUCCUGAUUCAGAAAACAAAAGCAGAAAGAAAAAAAAGCCCAGAAUUUCUCAUGGAAAAUAUCUAUCAUGAGUACUUUUGCUACCGUGAUUCUGGGUAUUUACCUAGUGCAAACAGCUAACCUCUGCACCAUGCACUUCAUUCUCCUCUGUUCCUGCCUGGCCAGUUGAACUCUCCAGCUUUGUUUCUGGCUAUCCAUCUCGUGGUUUGCGAGUGAACUAGAGUUUCUAAACCACAAGAUUUGCUGUCACGGCUAAACAUAUCUGUCACCUUUCUUUGAACUCUUCUAGAUCUCUGUGCCUCAAUACGCUGGUGCCUCUUGAUGGGUAAAGCAGAAGACUCUAAUUCCUGGGUGCAACUCUACAAACUUCAUAACACAUAUGGUAGCAUGGCUUUUGUUCUCCAGGAAAAGUUGACUUCUCUGGACCACAGCCUAAAUAAAUGUAAUUUGGAGAAGAAAACCCGAAUGUAUCUGAUUCAUCAGAAAGUCUAUCUUUCAAAUCAUGUUCUUCUCCUCUGCAGACAGUUUCCGAAAAGACAUCCUCAUUUACCUAACCGUCAUACUCCUAAAUGGUGGAGCUGCUCUAAUCCAUCAAGCUAGUCUGAUGCACAUUUCCAUAUGAAGGCCUUAUAUUGUAAAGUUUCUUCUAAAACAUCUUUCAGUAUGGAGAGUGAUAACAAACUGUAGAGUGAUUUCCCAUUUCUGAGAGUGUGACACAGUGGAGCCCUAAUUCUUCUGGUCAUUACCACAAAGUAAAUAAUGGGUCAUCAGCAAUGAAGAUACAAAGCCACUGAUGGUGUGACAACCAAUACAUUUGCAUAAAAAGUGCUGACAGAGAGGGCUUGCUCACAGCAGAAGUGAGAUAUUAAAAAACCCAAACUUUCAUUAACAGGAAUUAAUUUGCAUGGCCCUGCCAGGCCUGCUGCAGAAGCCUACAAGUUAUGUAAAUAAGCAUUGCCAUCCCUCUGUUGUGGCUGGGGAGCUUGGUAUAAUUUAGAGAUGCAUUUGUGAGCUGCCUGUGGCUAUGUGGGUCUCACAUACUCUGCAACCCGACCUGUGCUUUGAGCACCACAGCAUGUUGUCGCCCUGUAAAGCAUGAAAUGAGGCUUCUAUAGUCUCAGUAUAUGAAAUGGGGUAUCCUUGCUCAGGGCACAGGGGCCAGAUAGCAGAUGCAAUAAAACAAAUCCCUAGAAAUAGAGGAAAGUGUGUAUCAAGUAAGUGGCUUUCAUUUUAUGUGCCAUAUUUGAAAAUUCCUUUUCUAUCUCCUUCUCAAUCUUCUUACAAGUCGGGUAAUUAAGACCAAUCGUUCCAGUUGCCAGAGGUUUUUCUCUUUGCUGACAACACAGAGGCAAGAGGCAAAGCAAGGUCCAGAAGCCCUUGCCUCUUCAGACAGGGCUUUUGCUCCUGUGGCUGGUUCGUAUACAUGUGAAGCCCAUGAGGAAUUUGUCUAUUUAGCCUACAGAUUACUGGCAGCUCAUCAUAAGCUUGACAGGCUCAUCCACCUUCCCCAGGGACACCUUUUAACAUUUCAGGCAGCCACAACAAAUACACUUGAACAACAAAUAUCUGUUGAGAGCAAGUUU